GGAGGCGAACCCCGCGACGGAGCGGCCUCCGGUGGUCCCCGGCUUCAUUCUCCGCCCCCGCGGGCCCCCACCUCCGUCAGAAUGACGCUGGACGUGGGACCCGAGGACGAGCUGCCCGACUGGGCUGCGGCCAAGGAGUUUUACCAGAAGUACGACCCUAAGGACGUCAUUGGCAGAGGAGUGAGCUCUGUGGUCCGCCGUUGUGUUCAUCGAUCUACUGGCCAUGAGUUUGCAGUGAAAAUCAUGGAGGUGACAGCUGAGCGACUGAGUCCUGAGCAGUUGGAGGAGGUGCGAGAAGCCACGCGGCGAGAGACACACAUCCUUCGCCAGGUCGCUGGCCACCCCCACAUCAUCACUCUCAUCGAUUCCUACGAGUCUUCUAGCUUCAUGUUCCUGGUGUUUGACCUGAUGCGGAAGGGAGAGCUGUUUGACUAUCUCACAGAGAAGGUGGCCCUCUCUGAAAAGGAAACCAGGUCCAUCAUGAGGUCUCUGCUGGAAGCAGUGAGAUUUCUCCAUGCCAACAACAUUGUGCACCGAGAUCUGAAGCCCGAGAAUAUUCUCCUAGAUGACAAUAUGCAGAUCCGACUUUCAGAUUUUGGAUUCUCCUGCCACUUGGAACCUGGCGAGAAGCUUCGAGAGUUGUGUGGGACCCCAGGAUAUCUAGCACCAGAGAUCCUUAAAUGCUCCAUGGAUGAAACCCACCCAGGCUAUGGCAAGGAGGUCGACCUCUGGGCCUGUGGGGUGAUCUUGUUCACACUCCUGGCUGGCUCACCACCAUUUUGGCACCGGCGUCAGAUCCUGAUGUUGCGCAUGAUCAUGGAAGGCCAGUACCAGUUUAAUUCACCCGAGUGGGAUGACCGUUCAAACACCGUUAAAGACCUGAUUUCAAGGCUGCUGCAGGUGGAUCCUGAGGAGCGCUUGACAGCUGAGCAAGCCCUACAGCACCCCUUCUUUGAGCGCUGUGAAGGCAGCAAACCCUGGAACCUCACCCCCCGACAGCGGUUCCGGGUGGCAGUGUGGACAGUGUUGGCUGCCGGACGAGUGGCCUUAAGCAUCCACCAUGCACGGCCACUGACCAAGAGUGCACUAUUAAGGGACCCCUACGCACUGCGGCCAGUGCGGCGUCUCAUCGACAGCUGUGCCUUCCGGCUCUAUGGGCACUGGGUGAAGAAGGGCGAGCAGCAGAACCGGGCGGCCCUUUUCCAACACCGGCCCCCUGGGCCUUUUCCCAUCGUGGGCCCUGAAGAGGAGGGGGACUCUGCUGCUGUCACUGAGGAUGAGGCCAUGAUGGCGCUGGGCUAGCACCUCAGCCCUGGGGAAUCCCAGAAUGCAGGACUCUCCAUAAGGAGGAUUUUAAUCAUUCCAGCCCCUCUGGGCUCUGGGCUCUGGCCUCAGGCCCCACUGCCUGGCCAGGUCCACCACUCAAUAUACUAUCAUAAGGACCAUCCCUGAAUACCUCCCCCGCUGGCCAGGGCUUUGAGAUCAGAGCUGAGGUGGAAGGGAGCCACUCAGAAUGCCAUGCCUGGCUCUGUCAGCGCUGCCUGUUCUGUGUAUGCAAUAAAACCUGCACACCAGGGA